AUGGGCCUACAAGCAGUAGCAAAAAAGGAAAAUGAAAAUGAAGUGCAGAAUUUGGUGGAAGACUUUGCGGGGGUCCUUAAACUGUACGACGAUGGAUCCAUCGUUCGCACAGACCAUCAUCUGAUAAUGAAUGUUCCUCCUUCUGAAAAGCCUGUUGCUGAGGAUGGUGGUGUUGCCAGCAGAGAUGUCGUAAUAAACGAGGAACUUGGCAUUUGGGUCAGAAUCUACCUUCCAAUUGCCACCGUCUCCAAAUUACCCCUUUUGCUCUAUUUUCAUGGCGGGGGAUUUUGUUUCCUUUCACCUGCUUUUAUUGCCUCCCACCAUUUUUGUCUGAAGUUGGCUGCCACCAUUGGAGCCAUAGUCGUUUCUGUGAAUUACAGAUUGGCUCCAGAGUUUUGUCUUCCCGCUGCCUACGAUGACUGCAUGGAAGUACUUCAAUGGCUUCGGUCCUCGCUCUCUCAAUCUGACCCCUGGUUAAACGCCUAUGCCGAUUUUAGGAACGUGUUUCUGGUUGGAGAGAGUUCUGGAGGCAAUAUUGUGCACCAUCUUCUCAUGCGAACUGCUUCUGCCAUUCAUGAUAAGGGAAGCUCAGAAGACUCGGACUCAGACUCAUGGGACGAUGAAGAUGAAUUUGGCAUCAGGGGAGCAAUAUUACUUCAGCCAUUCUUUGGAGCACAAGAACGCACACAGUCGGAAAUUCUUUGUCCAGCGGGCGCUGAGGUAAACGUACAACUUUGUGAUACGUUGUGGAGGUUGUCAUUACCGAUCGGAAGCAGUAGAGAUCAUCCAUUCAGCAACCCCGUUAAAUAUCUACAAUUAGAGCUGCCUUUGCCUCCCAUGUUGGUUGUUUUGGGAGGUAAAGAUUGCUUGUGCGACAGAGGUGUGGAGUACUAUGAAGCCAUCCACAACUCCAGCAAGUGCAAGCGAAUUGAUUUGAUGCUAUUUGAUGGAGAAGAGCAUGGAUUCUACCAUGCAUAUUCUGUCAAAGAAGAAGAAAAUGAAGAAGCUCAUAACGUCAACACUACCAGGCUGAUGCGCCAGGCAGCUCUAUUCGUUUCUUCCAACCGCGCAAAAUAA